AUGAUUUUGCAGGCCAAGAUGGGCGUGGUUCUAUAUGCCACGAUUCCUAAUGUGCUGGGUCAGGGUCAACUUCUGGUCCGGCUGUAUUCCGAGGUACGCUGGGUGCUUCUCCCAUCUGAGCUUGUUCCAUUCCAGCAAUUUUUUAGCCUGAAAUGGGCGACUGGUCUACAGGGCGGAGUGGUCUCACUUGCUCACACACGACUUGACAUUUCACUAGAAAGAGAAUAUUACAUGGAGGGAAAAGUUUUAUUCUGUGCCAAGUUACAUUGUGUGGAGAACACAAGAGAAGAUAAUGAAAUCUUAGCUCUUGUCAACAUGUCAGUCUAUAGGAUCAGUGAAUUAGAGGGGAAGAUUGUGUUGGCGUCUGUAUUAGAAUCAGAUUCAAGAGUUCGAGAUUAUAAAGUAACUGGAUCAAAAGUUGAUGGAAAGUUUUCAAAGGCGAUUGGAGAGUUAACUGUGUCGUUUACAAAACCUUCUGAUUGUUUUAGUACUGUGUUUGGAUGUGAUGUGUAUUACACAAAUAAAAGGGGUCUCAUUGAGAUGAAAGAAAAUAAAACCAAACCUGUUGGCCAAGACAAUCGUAAGCCGCUGAUGUUGAUGACCUUAGAGGCUAAAACUCCAGAGUUUGAUAAAACAAUUGAUAAAAUGUCAGAUUUUUUAAAAACUUUUAAAUAUUCUGAUAAGUUAAACAGUGCUGACUUGAAGAUGAAUUUACAGUUUUCAUCAGAUGACAGACGUUCUAACCAAACUGUAGAUCUAAUACAACGUGGGAGAGAGUUGUCUUUAGAACAGAGAGUUGACACUUUAGUUAACCUUACCAAUGCAAUGGAAAAUCGACUUAACAGCCUAUUAAUUGAUGAUGUGUCAAAAAUUCAGAAACUUGAAAAGAAAAUUAUGAACAUAACGAAUGCAUACAAUGAAAUUGUUAACAGAGUGGAUAAAACUAAUCAAGAGCUUUCACACUUUAAAUCCAACGUAACUGAAAUUUUUCUCAAAACAACUCAACAGACAGAAGCAAACAAUAAAACACUUGAAAAACAAAUUAAGUCGGUACAAAAUGUUUCAACUUUAUACAAUAUUUUACACAAACAACUGGAGAAGCUGAACUACAGUGUUGUUAAUGUAUCAUUCGUUAUUCAGAAUUUGUCUCAGGAGUCAAAUCACAGUGAAGUUCUAUCUAAAACAAUGCAUGAUUUUAAGAUAGAUUUAUUAAACGUGAUUAAGGAAAUGAUAAAAAAUAGCACAGCGGUGGUGGAACAACGUCAAAAUAUACGUAUUCAGCAACUGGAGGAAAACAAUAAAAUGUAUUCAGAAGCACAGGCAAGGAAACUUCAUGAUUUAAUGACAGCUGUAUCUCAUUUAAACAAUACAGACAUGCAUUUUAACGCCAGUAUGGAGAAGAUUGAAAGCUUAAUGCAAAAUCUGAUGAAUGAAUCAGAUCAAAGUAAUGUCCUCAUCAGUGGACUACGUGAACAGUUAAAAUGUGCCAACAUGAACAACAGUGUUUUAGCGGACAUGACAGAGGCUGGAGUAGACGUCAGCAGAACAUUGUGUGAUACCAAGACUGACGGUGGUGGAUGGAUUAUUAUUCAGAGACGUAUCAAAGGUGAUGUGAACUUUACAAGAACUUGGAACGAUUAUAAAAACGGAUUUGGUUCAACAUCUGGAGACUUUUGGAUCGGAAAUGACGUCAUUUCUCACUUGACAGAUUCGGGUUAUAAUGAACUAAGAUUUGAUAUGAAGUAUAAAGGUAAAGACUACUACGCCGUGUACAGAGGUUUUGAGGUAGAAAAUGAAGCAGCAAAGUAUAAAAUGAGCUACAAAUCGUUCAGUGGUGGGAAUGUUGGUGACGUGUUUAUUUAUCACAAAGGCAUGAAGUUUACAACCAUUGACUCCGAUAACGAUCUCCGGUCAAGUACAAACUGUGCUGUAGACAAGAGAGGUGGUUGGUGGUAUACUAAUUGUCACAAUGUUAACUUGAACGGUGAAUGGGCGAGUCGUGUUGGUUAUAAAGGAAUUAAUUGGAUCAGCAUUACACGCAGUUCAGACUCUCUAGACUUUGUUGAAAUGAAACUUCGUCAAAUGUAA